UUCCUAUUGGUCUGGUAGUGAGUGAGGUGUCAUAUGUCCCAUGGAGCCGUGAACGCAGCCUGCUUUUCCCGGAGAAAAGUGGGACUUUGUGUGGGAUUAUACUCAGGGAGGUGGAACUCUUUGUAUUCUCCCAGUGUAGAUAAGUGAUGGUUUAGUUUGAUAUGAGUGGUUACUGUGCAGAAGAAAGGCUCACGGGACGCGUUCGUUGAGUUGUGACCGGUUUUUGGAGCUCGGUGGGGUUCAGGGCGGUAUUCACUGCUCCAAAAAGUCUCCGAAAACACUCAACAUGUCGCAGUCCGAGCAGAAAGAAAACACGGAGCCAGCGUUGAGCUCGGAACAGGAACUUAACGGAACAUUUGUGAACCCGAGAGCGGUCUGUAACGUGUGUAAACGCUUGUACCGGGACCCUAAAAUCCUCCCCUGUCUGCACACCUUCUGCUCCGACUGUAUCGGCCAGCUGGAGCCGUUCUCGGUGUCUUCGCGCUGCCGCCGGGACGCUCCGGAGGAGGACAGCCGCCGGGGCGGAGCGGUGCCGGAGGAGCGACCCGCCGUCACCGUCACGGUGCUUUGUCCCGACUGUGACUCCGAGGUGGACAUCCCUCCGUCCGGACUGGGAGGGCUGAGCACCGACCACCUGGCGCUGGACGAAGUAUUCCUGGAGACCCUGGUGACGGACGGCCCGCUGGGAUGCGACCUGUGCGGGGAAGGAGGCGCCGAGAGCCGCUGCGAGGUCUGCUGCGUCAACCUGUGCGAGUUCUGCUGCCAGGCACACAGGCGGCAGAAGCGGACAGCCUCUCACUCUAUCCAGUGUCUGAAGGAGCUGAAGUCUCGUGGUCGUCUCUGCCGCCCCGUCCUCUGCUCCCUCCACCCCGGCCAGGAGCUGCGGCUCUUCUGUCAGCCCUGCGACCUGCCCGUCUGCCUGGAGUGCGCCGCCACGCUGCACCGCGACCACCGCUGCUGCCCCACCGGUGAUGUUAUCGACCGCCACGGAGACCGCAUCCGAGAACUGGUCACAGUGCGCCUGCGACCUCGCCUGGAGCGCCUGAAAGAGUCACUGCAGAAGGUGGAAGUAUCCCAGGAGGCUUUGCAGGCUCGGGUGGAUGCGGCAGCGAAUGAGGUGAGGGUGUUUGCACGAGGCUACGCCAGCGCCGUGGAAGCCCACUGCCUGUCUCUGCUGCAUCGCCUGGAGGAGCUCCGCGUCCAACGCAGGAACCAGCUCCACCUGCAGAGGGCGCAGCUGCAGCAGGCUGUGUCGGACGUCCGAGGCAGCGUGGAGUUUGCAGAGAGGCUGCUGAGCUGCGGCUCUGACGCCGAGAUCCUCAGCGCCAAAGGAGUGACCCUGAGGAGACUGACCAGCCUGGCGGAGAACAGCUAUGACCCCCACCCGGCGACCGUUGCCCCCGACGACGGCAGCAGCAUCAGCUUUUUGCCCAGGGAGCCUGCAGGGGAGGUGGAGGGCUACCCGGUGGUUGGGGUGAUCAACUCAAAGACAUUGGACCUCAGCAAGUGCACCAUCGAAGGCGAAGGUCUACAGAGGGGCAGGGAGGGGCAGCAGGGCCACUUCACCCUGGUGUGCCGCGACUCAGCCGGGGAGCAGAUGGCACGAGGUGGAGAGCAUGUCCUGGUCAGCAUCGUCCACAAGGAGAAGAAAAGCUGCACAGUGGAGACGGCAGUGGUUGACAACAGCGAUGGGUCCUACAGCGUUUCAUACACACCUAAAGAGCCAGGAGCCUUCUCAGUGUGGGUCUGUGUCAGAGCCCAGCAUGUCAAGGGCUCUCCGUUUAUUCUCAACGUGCAGAGGAAGCUGAGGCGUCACAGUGGGACAUUUCACUGCUGCUCCUUCUGCUCCAGCGGAGGAGCCAAAGAGGCUCGCUGUGGCUGCCCAGGAACCAUGCCAGGAGGAUUCAAAGGUUGCGGCCACAGUCAUAAAGGACACCCCGGGAAGCCCCACUGGUCUUGUUGCGGCAGCACCGUGGAGCAGUCGGAGUGUUUGCCUCAGAGCGUGCUGGCUGCAGUUUCCCCCCGCGGCCACCUGCGAACUGUGGAGCUGUGAGGUGACACAGAGACAAGACCUGUCAGGAUGAUGCAGGUUAAUAAAGGAUGGCAGCAACCGAAAGGUUAGAGCAGCUGGGGGAGGGAGCUCAGGGUUGGUUGCUGUAAAUCCUGUGCAGACCUGACAAGGAAAGUGACACUCUAAAGACACAGAGACAGAAGCAGGACAUCAGAGUGGCUGUGUCUCACCUCUGCCAGUGCCUAGUUGUGAAACAGCAGCUGGGCUACCAUUAGAGACUAACAUAUAAGACCAACACAGUGUGAUGUUAUAAAGUGCCUUAUUGCUCUAAGUUCUGCCUACCUGUGACAAGAUAGAGGAGAAGGAAAAUGUCUCCUCCUACAUCAAAUGUGUUAAAGGGACCUGGACCUUAUUUUCCCAUGCUUUUGUAUCAAAGUGACUAAUGGAGACAGCAAGUUUUGAAUUUGGUCCAGUAUUUAGUGAGAGUGGUUGAACUGGCUACGGCAGAAUGCAAAUUGGCACCAAAUAGCCGCCAAAUAGGCUGUAGCCUAUUUGGCGGCUACAAGCUGCAGCGCUCUCCCUCAAUACUGAACCAAAUCCAAACCUGGACACAACUUUGACUCCAAAACAUGGGAAAAUAAUGUCCAGGAUGAAAAAUACCAACAUUACCCUUUGACAGCCCUGCUGAAGAGCACCUUAGGCAACAGAGAUUUCUCCAUUGUUACACUUUUCUUUCACCCGCCAUCUCCCGGUCUCAAGCAACCUUGAAGCUGCUGCCGAUUUCAAAGCUGCUGGAAUCAGUGUUUUAUAUUUCAAACGUAAGACUGCUGCUGAACUCUAAUACUUUUGUAUCUUUUAUAUCCUUCAGUCAAAUAUCUUUUGAAAUAUAGUGCUAUAAAAACAACAGUGAUGCUCAAAGAUAUGGAGCACAAUUCUUAUCGAUCCGCACUGAUCACUGUUUCAAAGUACACAAAGUGCUGCAAACCCCUCAACCCAUCAGGUCUAUAGUCAGCAUUUACAUUCUCAUCAGUGAUGGUUUUAUUUUGGAUGGUACAGUACAGUAAUACCAGUAAUCAUUCUUAGUAUUGGUAUGAAAUAUAUGAAUAAAUCUAAUUGUUUGCUAUUGAGAAAUUACGCAGUAAUGGUACAAUUAAAAACAAAUAUCUGAGUAUCUAGAAAUAAAUCUAGUAUUAACUGUUAUUUCAUGAUAUUAUGAUUAUUAUUAUUUAGUUAUUUGCUUGUACACAUACUUACCUAGUUAUUAUGGACACAAACUGGGUGAGUUAUGGGUUGAUGGGGAUAUUUUACCAAUAAAUACAAAGUAAUCACUGUUCAACUAUUAUUACUGAUUAUUUCUUUAUGCUCACUUCAGGUAUUACUAUUACUAUUUUGGAACAGUUAUCACGGCAUAUUCACUUGUACAAACUGUGUAAUCAUUGUGUGUGUUAUGUAGAAGUGGAAUAACAGGUACUUGCUUUUUUUUUUUACCUGUAAUAAUCACCAAAACUUGCCAUUAACUAACAAAUAAUACUAUAUAUAUACUGCACCUAAUAUAAUAUUAGUUUAUAAUACUAUGAACUACAGGUACAGUAAAUUAUUAGUAAAUAUAAUGCAAUGAAUUUAUUCUAUUGAUGAGCUGAGUACACUGUUUGUGAAGACUACUGUUUCUAUUGUCUUAUUCAGGAUAAGUGACCUGAAUCAAGCCAGAAGCACUGAGCUACACUGUGCCUGUGAAUUCACCCAGGACUGUUCUUGAGACCGUUGAGAAUGUGAAACAUAUUCUAGUUUCUUGUAAACCACAACGUUUGGCCCUUGCUCUGUGCAUACACAUAAAUCCUCAAUGCUCAUUAUUGUUCUUAAUGAGGAGAAAGUCCAUGAAAUCUGCACAGAAUCAUGUUUUUCCUUCAUUAGCAACCCAACUCCACGUGCUUUGUGGGGAGCGGGGUUUCAUCUGGGAAACACUGUGACCUAGAAGGUGCAGUCAGCCUCCUCUUAGAAUACAAAGUUAUUCCACUCCAGAGGCUGCGCCACAGCUCUGACUUAAAACCAUAAACGUGGAACUCAUAAUGAACCACAUAAUACCUCUGUGUAUUCUCUGUUUUCUGAAUAUGACUUAUCUUGAGUGUGAGUGUAAUAUUUUUUAUCACAUACGAUGUGCAGGUUUCAACGAUGGAUUGUAAUACUGACCUAUGCAAAUACUUGACAUGAGGACUAAUCUUUUUUUAUUUGUGGUCUAGGAUCUUCAGAAUGACAGGAAACACUGUGCAUGUUGCUGCUGUUCACACUGUGUACAUUGGAGUAUUACCCAGUACAUUUAAGCCUGUACAAUCAAAAUAAACACCCUUUUUUCUCAGUACUUGCUUUAAUGCCCUACCAAGUGAACAAAAAAUCCACCAAAGACUUUUUCUUCACUUUAAAAAAGUUAUUUAUUUGUGUCUGCAGACAAGACCAUCUAUUGAUAUCCGAGCACAGGGCAACAACAUGAGGACAAAACCAAGACACAUGCACAUUAGCUCUGAGAAACAGCUGUCCUGUUGGAAGGAUCUUUGAAAUUGAAAAUAGUAAGAAUGACAAAUCCAAAUCAACCAAUACACCUGCCUUCUAUUGUAAAUCCAUGCAUUUCUUCCCAGAAGAAAAAUGUAUAUGGAUAAAUAAUAA